CCUCCCUACCCUUGGCCCCCAUUGGCAGCCUCAGCCUGCAGUGGACUGCGCCAAGCCAACACCCAGUCCUCUCUGGAGGAGGAAUAAGAAGCUGCUCUGUCCACACUCCUGCCACUUGGACACUGAAGUCAGAGAGGACACCAGCAGCACAAGGUGACCAGGAGCCUCCAGGAUGUCUGAGCUGGAGAAGGCCAUGGUUGCCCUCAUUGAUAUCUUCCAUCAGUAUUCAGGACGAGAGGGUGACAAGCACAAGCUGAAGAAAUCAGAACUCAAGGAGCUCAUCAACAAUGAGCUCUCCCACUUCCUGGAGGAAAUCAAAGAGCAGGAAGUUGUGGACAAAGUCAUGGAAACACUGGAUGAAGAUGGAGAUGGAGAGUGUGACUUCCAGGAAUUUAUGGCCUUCGUCUCCAUGGUGACUACAGCCUGCCAUGAGUUCUUUGAACAUGAGUGAGACAAAAAACAAAACAAAGCAAAAGAGCCAAGCUUACCUGUGGCAGACAUGAAGGCUUGCAGGCUUGAAGGAGCUGUGCUCUCCAGCCACAUAGAACAACUAAUUAGGAAGCUUGAUUUGCUUUGGGUAUGAGAAACUGAAAGCCUCCCCAAGGGCUGCUGUAAAUUAGUGCAUCAUUAUUUCUGCUACAUUAGGCAUUCCUGCGAGCUGUCUGGCCCCAGGAAACAUUGGUUAAGAAUCACUUAGGGAAGAAAAUCAAUGCUCAGCAGUACAGCAUAUGCGGUAAACCACCAUGACCCUGCAGAUACAUGACCCAGAAGAAUCACAGCAGACCACCAAUAGCAAGCAGUUCUAUAGGAUAGCGUUCUUUAUGCUUCCAACAGACCCCCAAAUCCACAGCUGCAUCCACUGUCACAGGCAGAGGCUGCUUUUCCUUACAUCUUCCUUACACUGUUGGUACAAAUAUGCCCAAGAAAGCAGACAGUCUGAUUACAACACCCUCCCCCCCCCCCAGCCCAAAUGUGCAGGGGCACUUAAGUCUCUGCUUCCAGUGAGCAGCCCUUACUAAAUAAAUAUUUAACGCCAACAAUUCUAA